AGUUUAGUAGUAAGACCGCGUGUGUGUAUUUCACUCAGUUAGUAAAUACUAGACACAUUCAUACAUUUCGUACGUUUGAGCUUAGGAAACUUUCGACGACAACAACAACAACUAAAAACAUACAAUAUUAAUAGAGGAAGACUGAGUGUGAGAGAGAGAGCGAGCAAAAAAAAGUGACUGACGAUGAGCAAUAUUCUCUUGGUGUACAAACCGCGUUCAGUUUAUCGUCAAGUCUUGUCGCCGUGAGGUGUGUGUUUUGAUAUAAAAAUAAAAGAGAAUUUUUUGUAUUGCGCAAAACGUUGCUCAUCGAUUUUGAGAGAAGAAAUACGGCAUUUGUUUUUGAAGGAAAAAUUGUGUUCGAAUUAAAGCAAUUUAGUUGGCAUUAUUCGAUUUUUUUUUUUGGAGAGUGGAUGCAAAAAGUGGUGAUUGUGAAACGAUGACAUUGGUGUAAUCACAUUGACAAACAAAUGCCAUCAAAUGAUAUUUGGUAUUUUGUGUGUCGAUCUAAUUGAGUAACAAAUGCAAAAAUUGAGCGAAAUGGGAACAUAGACUCGGAAAAUGUGGAUCAUGAAAUUUAGUUAGAGUGAAUAAAUAAAUGAGUGUGUUGUUUAUAUAUUUACGGAACUAAGAGGAAACUUAUUUCCGACUAGCUACGCCAAAAAGUGAUUAGAGCAUUCGCGUGAAUAAAUAAUGAGCACAAAGCCAAGUAAAGAUGAGAAAACAAUUUUUAUUGAUAAACAACAGCAAAAACAACACUGAUGAUGUAUGAAACAAACAUAGACACAAAACGGACCGUACCAUACGUACAAUGAACAUAUGAGUAAUUUCUUUUCAAUUUUUUUCAUAUAAAUGGUUCUGCUCAGUGAGCUAUCGAAUUGUGUGUUGGUAAAAUAAGCAGAAAUAAAAUGAAAGAACAACGAAUCGAUAUCCACGAUGCGAGAGUCAUGUACAAAUCUCAGUAUUUUAUGUACUUGCGAUUGGCGUUGAAACAACGCACAUUUGUGUGAAACUUUGCGUUGGCCGUUCGAAUGUGGCAAAUGCGCCAAGUUACGAAAGAGAAUAAAAGCAGAUAAUAAUAAUAUACUACAUUGAGUACGCGUGUUUAUGUGUGGCAGGAUUCAGUUUUUGGGGGCUUGAAUCAUAUCCGAAAACAUAACAAAAAUUUACUCGAAACAAUCGAAAAUAAGAAAUACGGUUCGAUCGAGCGAAAGAAAAAAAAAACAAACUCUCUUGAUACAAACGAAUUAAUUUAUGCGUUAAAAAUAAGAAGAUCCAAAAACAGACGACGAUUAUUUCGAUUCACAUUCAAUCGAUUCCGAUUUGCAUUGAAUGUUAAAGGAUGCGCCAUUCCAAACAACUCAUAAAAGCAGCAACAACAACCACACACAGUCUCAUUGAAAGCGAUACACAUUGCAAAACAAAGUUUAUAAAAUUAAGCGUGACAUAAUAAAAUGCAGAGAUUUAAGGCGUUUGAUCACAAUCGUACCAUGAGAAUGGCAUCUUAAUCCGCAUCAAACCGUUAGCACAUUCAGUAUUUUUUUUGCGAAUGGCGAGAUAAACAAUCGAAUAAUAAUAAAAAAAAAAUGCUUCUUUAGAUAAAAAAGCGCAUUGAGCAUCAUCAUUGACGGACGCGAAUGCUCAAGAGAUAGCCGUACAUAUUCCAUGUGGUGCUAUUUUAAUCGCAGCUUUUCGUCUUUUUCUGUCACAGGGCCAUUGAUUUGUGCGGACUCGUUAUUUAGUGGUGAUAAGUGUUUGGAUAUUUUUUUGUUUUGUUUGCGUCCAUCUGUUCGCAUCAGCAAUCACUGCACAAGUGAGUGACGACGCGAUCGUUUAUGCAUGUGUGUAUGUGCGCGCGGCAUAUGUGUGCUUGUAUUAGAGUUGUCGAUAUCGUUGCAAAACUGACAAACCCACACAUUAUUUGUUUUGGUGCGCAAUGCGAUAGUAAGGCUGCUUUCGUUUCUCAUCGACCGAUACGAAACUUUUUGAAUAUUAUCGUUUUGAUGUCGUCAAACGCCACACACAAAAAGAACAACAGCAGUAGCACACACCAAAUCUAAUCUACAAUCAACGGAUGAAUUGUUUACGAUAGUUUUGAUCACAAGGCGCGAAUUAUGAAUGUGAAAUUAAAUACCAGCACCAGUGCAAAGUGGAAAACAGAAUAAUAAUAAAAACAUUGUUUAUAUAAAUUACAAUUGUGGCUAACGUGUUAUUGUUAUUGCAUUUUAUCGUUAUUUAUGUAAAUUCACGUGCAAGCCCUAAACUUUGAAAUUGUGUAUUAGUGUUUGACGGCGGCUUGUGUGACAAUUAAAAAAAAACUUGUGACUUUUACGUUUAAUUUGGCGCUGAAAAUUCGAUCGAAAAACAUUGAAAUCGAGCAUAAUCAAGCGCACGAAAUCGAAUGGGGAGAGCUUUAAUUUCGACAACGAUCGAGGUUUCUUUAUAUGCAUAUAUGUGAUUUAAUUCAAGGCAUGACCUCAUCGAUUGGUUUUGGGUUUUGUGUGAUUUUUGCCGACAAUUUCUAAAACCGCACUCACGGCAAAACACUCCAACGUCCAUUUUUGUCUCUCUCUCUCUCUUCGAUGGAUCCAUUCACCCAUCUAUAACGAAACCAAAAGAAGAAACACAGCAAAACCACAUUUGUUGAUGGGACGUUAUUAAAAAGUGUUGCAACUAAAAAAAAAUACAUCACAUAAACGAACGUCUUGGAAUAUUUCUUUUUUAAUUCAAUGGGAAUGAAAACAUUCAAAGAACAUCGAACAAGUUUGAAAGAAAAGUGAAGAACAUUUUUUUAUGUGACAUUUUGUUAUUUAUAUUGUGUUAACGAUUGCAAGAAAGAAAAUUAAAACAACCGAUAACGAUAUUUCCUGACAUUUUGUUAAUCAAAAAACGUGAACCGCAAAUAAAAAAAAAACACAACAGUAUUGAAACCAUCAAAUUUGGAAGCAACAUCGAACGUUUCAUUUGGUGAAAUUCCAUUGAUAUUUGUUUGUGUGUUGGAUUCCAAAUUGAUUAUUCAUCAAAAUGCGACCGAAUACGCUGGCCGUUGCUACUAAGUAUCGAAAACAUCUGGAUACACAAAAAUUCAUAAGUGAGGCUUUGCAUGCUUGGCGAACAAAGGCUCGAUGCAAUAUUGUUCCAGCCGAGAGACUGCACGAACUAUUUGAAGAGCUUGAAUUCAAUCCAACCGAAAAACAAAUUAACGAAAUGUUGCAAACGGCAAAAUUAUUUGCACGACGUGGAAAUAACGGUUUCGAACGUGGAACAACGUUAUCAAAUCGUCAUAUGAAUGGAUUAACAUUUGGUGAAUUUUGUGUGUUGGCAGCUGAUUUGAAACGAUUCCGAACACAAUGCCCAACGGCAGCAUCAUCACGAAAAGACAAUGCAUAUACAUCAUUCAAUGAAACACAGACGACGAAAAAUUAUAACAAAGACGAACUGAAGCCAACGGACUGCAAUAAUGUGCCCGAAGUGUUUUUGGGCGGUUCAUGCAAUCCAACCACUUGGCGUGCUGACGUUGCCAUACCAACACUACAAAAAUUAGGCAUUUCAUUUUACAAUCCGCAAGUGUCGGAUUGGACCCCCGAUCUGAUUGAGUUGGAGCAUCGGGCAAAGGAGAAAGCACGAGUAUUAUUUUUUGUUAUGGACUCAGAGACAAGAGCCUCAUCGGCAGCCAUUGAAGUUGCAUACAUUGCCGGUCAGAAUCCUCGACAUUUAGUAUUGGUAUUAAAUCCAUACAAACCAGAACAGUGCAUUAUGAACGAACCCAUAUCAUCACAAGAGUAUAUAGAUCUGAAAAGAAAUCAGCAGCUACUUCGAGAAGUUGUUUCACGACGAGGUUUACCUGUUUUGGAUGACGUUCCAUCUGGUUUACAGCAAACAAAAGCAAUUUUAACAGGUACAUGCUUCACAGCACCGCAGAACGUCGCAUCCAAACUGAUAACAAUUCGGAGGGCAUUCGAUCGAGCGCUGGGCGAUCAAUCCAAUAAUCUUGCUGGCGAACGAAUUACAUUGGAACAAUGUCGUUGUGCUUUGAAUUUCUUGGGCUGCUCACAAAAUUUGUUACAAAUCGAAAAUUUAUCGGAUAUUGUGAAAUCUCAUCGGGACAUGACCAAUUCGAACAAUCGAAAUUCGGUCAAUACGGACAUCACCAUUGAUUUUGAAGAAUUUUGUGUGUUAACAUCGUACUUAACAAUUCUACAGGAUGAGAUCAGUGAGAGUGGUUGCGUAUCACCAAUCAAAGGUACAAAUCUACCACCUCCACCCAUCUUUCUCACAAAUACACCAGAAUGGCUUCACACACAUGGACUUGUUCGAAACGUGCUCGAGGAAAGAACGACGAUAGUCAAUGAUACACAUCGCGACAGUGGCACAUCAUCGCCAAUAAAUCCGGAUUCAGACAGUGGACAUUCAAGUCGAACGUUACGAAUCAUCACACGAAACGAAAGUCAAUUGACAUGUUUUUCAAUAAAUUCAAGUACGGUGGCGUCACCAAAAGCCAUUAGUUUUGAUCGUCAAACGACACACAGUGAUGAAACCGAAGAAGAGCUCAGUGAUUCAAAUGAUUCAGUAUUCUCCAGUGGCAGUUCCAUCGAUUCCAUUCUCAAUUACAAUGGCCAAGAAAAUGAAGAGAAUGAAUCGUUCGAUUUACGUGACAUCUAUUUGGGCGGAAGUUGUGCACUGCGAUCGAAUUGGCGAAAUCAAGUUAUUGCCAUGUUAAAUGAACAUGACAUCACUUAUCACAUGCCACAAUUACACGAUUCAUUAUUGCAUACGCAAAACGGUGAUACAGAACUAUCGACAUCAUCGCCCGUUCAAAAUGAGGCAAGCUCAUCGAAACCACUUGAAACAUCGAGCAGCAAUGACAGUGGCAUCAGCACUGGCCAUCCAAGAAAUAGCUAUCGCAUAACAAACGGUACGGUUAUUUAUCCAUCCGGAAGACGAAUGUUCCAUUUGUCACUUUUGGAAUCGAGUCGAGUUCUGCUAUUCGUAAUCUCAAAUGAAACACGAUCAUUAGCUCCGAUGACAUUAGCAGCACAUUGCGUUGGACUCGGGUACAAUGUCGUUUUAUGUGUUCAAAUGCUGUCCAAUGACUGCACCAUUGGCAAAGAUAAGUUGACGGCAGCUGCAGUGAAGGAUUAUAAUCGUGGCCGUUCCUAUUUAAUGGAUUUAGCCCGACGACAAGAAGUGCCUGUAUUUAAUGAUCUUAAAUCAGCCGUUGAAUGUGCCAUUGAGAAAGUGAAACAAUGCAAUUGUCGAUCAACAACAUAAAAUCAAUUCAAUCGGCACAAUGUCAAUCUCUCAAAAUUCCUCGAAAAAAACAAAAGAUACGCUUGAAAUUUUUAUUGAACUAUUUUAAUACCUAAUUAGAACAAAUAUUGUAUAAGAAGACUAUAGAAAUUGUGAAGAUUUUUGUGGUUGAUGUUUUAUUUAGCAAAAUUUUUGGGGCAGAGCCUUGUUGUUUUAAGCAUAAUUGUAAUAAAAACGCUUUUUUUGCAAAUUAAUAUGUAUAAAAUUUUCAAAUAUAAAGAGUGUGCCCCCCUCUUUGUAUUUUAGACUAAAAAUGUUUAUAAUUUAAUUUUUUUUAAUUGCACUAAAACUAAUUAACCACACCUCAUACAAUUUGUAUUCAAUAUUAUAACUUAACUAUCUAUAUAACCACUAAUCGAAAUGUGAACGAAUAAAAAUGAAUGGAAUAAGUCUCUCUAUACUUAGCUUGUAAGUCGUAUUAAAAAAAAAAUAUUUUCUACAUAUUUUUGUUUAUAUUUAUAUUAUUUAAAAAAAUCCAAUCGUAAUGUUAUGGAAAAUUGAAGAUGAAAAUUAAUCUGAGUUAGAAUUAGCGGUGAAAAUGUGUUUCUUUUUUGAAAUCAACACCAUUUUUUUUAAAAAUUGUAUUUUAAGGAAAUUUAAUAAUAAUAUGCAAUGAUUCAUUUUGAAUUUUUAAGCUGAAAUACUUUGAUUAAAACCCAUGUGUUAAUAAAAUCUACUAAACUGAAUAAAUCUAAUAUUUAA